AUCAUUAUUACUACUAGUUUUAUAGAUAGAAUAAACGUCAAAAACUGAUUUUGUAAUAACUAUCAUAUUUUUAGCUUUUCCACUGAACCAAAACGGCUCUGACGUCAUAUUAAAAGAGCUGGACUGUCAUGUAGCAGAAAAUGCACGAGAUCACCAUACGGAUAGAUUUGCAAAGUCACGUGACGAGUUUCUCGUUGUGAGACGGGCACAGACAUUCCGUAUUAGCUUGAUUCUCAACACACGGUUCUCAGACUCUGAUCAUGACAUCUGUAUGGAAUUUACAACUGGUCCUUCACCUCAACCAGGCAAAGGUACCUUUAUCAAACUGUCGUCUGCUUCAAAGAUGCAAACUUUUGAUACCUGGGGGAUCAAAAUAGAAUCUGUAAUGGGUAACAGAGUGACAGUCGGCAUUGAAACAUCAGCAGAAGCUAUUGUCGGCGAAUGGAAAAUGGAGGCAUCAGUGAAUUACAAGAAAAGACAGGAAAACAACAGAUCAGUGAGGAAAGAAACAUAUCUUUACAUGCUGUUUAACCCUUGGGAUAAAGGGGAUGUCGUCUUUUUUCCUGACAAAACUAUGCUAUCAGAGUACAUUCUCAAUGACAGUGGAUGUAUUUUUACUGGAGGAUACGAUCAGAUUGCGGCCAAACCUUGGUUUUAUGGACAGUUUGAAUCUGGUAUAUUAGAAGCUGCCAUUCUCUGUAUGAACAAGGCGUUCAAAUCGCGGCCAAGGCGAGCAAUGGGAGAUCCGGUUAGGGUGUCCAGAGCCAUUUCCAAAAUUGUAAACAGUAACGACGAUAAAGGUGUUAUAACUGGCAGCUGGUCCGGUAACUAUAGGAACGGAACUGCACCUCUUGCUUGGGUAGGCAGUGUGUCCAUUCUGAGACAGUAUAUGAAGUCAAAGAUGCCAGUGAAAUAUGGACAAUGUUUCGUCUUUGCUGGGGUAGUAACAACCCUAUGUAGAGCCCUUGGCAUCCCAUGCCGAACCGUGACCAACUUUUCGUCAGCUCAUGAUACUGACGGUAGUGUGACAGUAGAUGUGCACUGGGACGCUCUUGGAAAUUCCGAACUUACCUCACUCAAUACUGAUUCAAUCUGGAACUUUCAUGUUUGGAAUGAUGCAUGGAUGAAGAGGAAAGAUUUACCUCCCGGAAAUGACGGGUGGCAGGUUUUAGACUCGACACCACAGGAAACUAGUGACGGCGAAUUCCGAUGCGGUCCAGCGCCACUGACAGCCGUAUUGAACGGAAAAUGUGACAUGAAUUACGACACGGCAUUUAUCUAUGCCGAGGUAAAUGCGGACCGAGUUCACUGGAGCAAACAGGACGACGGAAAUUGGCAAAUGAUAAAUAUAGACAAAGCUAUUGUUGGAAAAAUGAUAAGUACGAAGAAACCUGAUGGUCUCCCUUUACCAGACAAUUUUGACGAUUGUGAAAAAUUCAGAGAUGAUAUCACUUCCCAGUACAAAUAUUUGGAAGGAAGUGAGAGAGAACGGAUGUCAGUGAUAUCAGCGGCCCUUAGUGCUCCCCGUGGGCUCGAUCGUGUCUAUACAAAGGACAGUGACAUCAAAUUUGAAAUCUUGACUCCUAAAUCGGUUAUGGUUGGGUCUGAUUUUGAAAUCGUCAUUGAGUUCUCGAAUUCUGCUGGCGUAUCGAGAACACUGUCUGGUCGGAUAUUGUGUGAAGUCACAAAGUACACGGGAACUGUAGUCCGUACAUGCAAAAAGGAGGCUUUAAAUGUCGAAAUAGAAGCUUAUCAACAGCAGAGAGUGGUGAUGCAUGUCGCUGUAGAGGAGUACGUGGACGCUGUGGCUGAAGCAGCUAUGUUUAGAUUUGCAAUGAUCACUCGGGUGAAAGAGUCAGGACAACAGUUUGCGGCAGUAAACACUUUCCGGCUCCGUUUGCCCGAUCUUUCUGUCAAAAUCCGUGACAGAUUUUUGAGGGCAGGAGUUCCGGUUGACAUCACUGUAUGCUUUGACAACCCUCUUAAGACAAGAACACUUUCAAACUGCCUCAUUCUUGCUGAAUGUCCUGGUAUGAAACAUAUGAAGGUAUUUUCAACAAGGAAUGUACUGCCUGGAGAACAGUUUCAAACUACUAUACAGAUAACACCCGACACGAGAGGAACGUGCCCAUUGUUUCUGACAUUCAACUGCGAUCAGAUCCACGACAUAAAAGGCACCUGUACACUUUAUAUUCAAUGAUGAUUGGGAGAGAGAGAGAGAGACUUAUACUAAACCUCAAUAGAGAUAACAUGUGACACGAAAGAAUCGUGCACUUUGUUCUGACUAUUUAGCUUCGAUCAGAUCCUUGGCAUUACAGGCACACACUUUAUAUACAAUAAUAACCGAGGCAUUCCGUAGACCUACAUGUGCAUUGUACAUGUACUUGUUUAUUACAAAAAGAUCUAAUAAUUAUGCAAUGUGUAAUAUAGAGAUUUUAAAUGAAAAUGUAGAAUUUCUGUCUCUCUUCAGAUGCUUUAAAGUUCAAAACUAAACCCGUUUCGUGAAUGUAAGAGGAGAGCUUUUAAAAAAUAAUUUUCAUCAUUUGUAAAUUUUGUAAGUAGUAUUCGUAAACAUUCAGUUACGUACAUGCGAUGUAAAGACAAAACAUUAAGAUUCAUAUCGAGGGUUCAACGCAAU